CGUGGAUUAAAACCACAUCAACAAUCUCUCUUUCAACAUGAGUCGAUCUGCUACAAAACGGGUACGACUCAGCCCGAGGCGAUUGAUAAAACCGACAGGCCUCCUUUAGCAGCCGCCGCAAAAUUCUUUGAGGAGAAGUGUCGACUGCUGUACUCAGCCGAGACUCUGUAUCACCACGCCCGAAACGAUCAUGUCCCGGAAAUCGUGGUCCUCGGCGCCUCCAAUGCCGGCAAGUCUUCGUUUCUUAACGCCCUCGUUGGCAAAAUGGAUACGGCGAGGGUGAGCCAUCGGCCAGGUAAGACCACGACCAUGAAUGCCUACGGUGUCGGACCGCCCCCAAAGAUUGCGCGGGAUCUCAUCCGCAAAGGCUCGAUGCCUCCGAAACACAGCCUAAUUCUCAUGGACACGCCUGGGUACGGCUUCAAGAGUCGGUCGGACUGGGGAAAGACCAUCCUACAGUACCUCAACGUGAGGAAGACGCUCCGUGGCGCUGUCGUCCUGUUGCCGGCGGACAAGAAGCUCCAGAACACGGACCGGUGGAUGCUAAAGACUCUUGCGCAGUCCAACACACGAACAUUGGUCGUGCUCACAAAGGCAGAUAAGAGCGGUGACGAAUGGAUAACCGUCUGCAACUCUCUGGCAGCUGGCGUGCGGCAGGCAAUGGUGGACCUGGACACGACGGCUCAGAGCAGCUGGCGGGAAGGGUCUGACCGCUCUGGGGAUGUCUACGCCACUGCUGCAAACAUGGGAAUCUCAAACCGGCUGGGAAACGGUGCGGGGAUAGGGGGCGUGAGGUUGGCGAUCCUGGAGAUGGCCGGGUUUGCCCUCGGAGAGAGGGUUGAGAAGCAGCCCGAGACGAAGGCGUAUACCGGAGCAAUCGUUUCCUUCGACGAUAUCAAGUGGAAGACAUGA